AUGUCGUCGUCUCCCAUGACGCUGGCGAGGGAUGUUGUAUGGAAGUUUGUGUCGUAUAGGCCUCUGCAGCGCUUAGCCCGACUGCCCUACACCAGUCAGCGACUGCUGGAGUACCAGGCGUUGAAUAUGAACAGCGAAGACAUUAUGGUGGGUCGCGUGCUGUACGAGGUGCGUUAUUCAAACCUGUACAUUGUAACUGAAGGUGUGUGCCGAUUUCACGACAUUCAUAAAGGGGAAAAGCUGUCGAAUGUGAAGCCAAUCUCCGUUGCUGUGCACCAUGUGCUUGAGGGGGACUACGCACAGCUGAUGGAGCGCUUUGGUGACGACAUUGCACCUAUUGCUCAGAGGUUCGCGCGUGUUCGUGAACGCUACCUAACAUUUCCUUGUAAACAGUGGUUGCAUGAGAGGUUGAUAUAUUACUCUAGGUUGGUGGCAUGA